UGAUUUUGGCACCUGUCGACUGCAUCCUACUAUAUAAAACAUCGGGCAAGGAGAAGGCGGUGGUUGCCGAGCGGCGGGAGCAAGUGACUCGGCACUUACGGUAGCGUAGGAAAUGGAGAAAGCAUCCUCGAUUCUUGCUUCCGUCUUCGGAUCGCGGGAGCCGGUGGCGUCCGCCACGGUCGCCACAAUCUUCGUCUACCCUAUCAAGUCUUGCCGUGGAAUCUCUGUCCCUCGAGCCUGCAUCACGUCCACGGGACUUCGAUGGGAUCGGCAGUGGUUGGUUGUGAAUUCAAAGGGGAGAGCAUACACCCAACGAGUUGAACAAACACUUGCUCUGGUUGAGAUAGAGCUGCCAACUGAUGCCUUUAGGGAGGACUGGGAGCCAAAUGACAUCUCAUAUAUGGUUAUAAAGGCACCUCAGAUGGAGCCACUGAAGAUUCCUUUGAAUAGAGAACAUGCUGCCAUUGAUGACAUAUCUGUAUGGGAGUGGUCUGGCUCUGCACUUGAUGAAGGCAAUGAAGCAUUUGAGUGGUUUACCAAGUAUCUUGGAAAACCAAGCCGUCUAGUCCGUUUUAAUACUGUAUCAGAAAUUAGAGCUGUGGACCCCGAUUACGCUCAGGGAUACAAAACUGCAUUUUCUGAUGAGUUUCCUUUCUUAUUGGCAUCCCAGGGAUCAUUUAAUUCUGUAAAUGAGCUUCUGGAAGAACCAUUAUCAGUAAAUCGCUUCAGAGCAAAUAUCAUUGUUGAUGGGUGUGAUCCAUUUUCAGAGGACCUGUGGAAAGAAAUAAAAAUAAACAAGUUAACAUUCUGUGGUGUUAAGUUAUGUGCACGCUGUAAGGUACCAACUAUCAACCAAGAGAAUGGAAGUGUGGGGAAUGAGCCAACGCAAACUCUAAUGAAGUUUCGGUCAGACCAUGCUUUGCAUUUAAAGGAGAAGAAGGGGAAGGUCUUCUUUGGACAGAAUUUGAUCUGCAAAGAUUCACUCUCACCAACAGGCAGAGGGAAAUAUAUUGCUGUCGGGGAUCCAGUUUGUGUUCUUCAGAAGUACCCAUCUUAUGCUGAUGCACCUGUCUGACCAUCCAAGAACCUUUACUCAAGGUAACUAAGAUGGUAAUGAUGAUGGAUGUAGUGCCUGGAAAAGAAGGUGAAUUGAUAACUAUAUCAAAAUGUUUAUCCAGGAUGCAGGUCUCAGUAUGGCAGUGUGUGAAGCAAGUUGGCUUUUGGCCUUCCAUCAAUUUUCUUCUGUCUUUCAAUAAAUAACUGUAUAUUAUAAAUAUGAAAUCAGGUCAAUGUGUUGUCAAAACAAUAAGUUUAUAUGCAAUACCUGCCUGGAUUUUGGUUUAGGAAAGUAAAUGACAUAUUUCCUUGCUUUUUUCUA